UGAGGCUCAGCGUCCGGGCCUGGUGGUCGAGGUUAGCACAACAGUUGGGAGCCAUGCCACUGAUGACUCAGCUAAGAGAGCUUUUCCCUUCCAAAUGGAGCCUUUUCAUCUUCAUUGCUUACAUGGCUCUUUUCAUCAACCAAGGGCUUCUGGUUACUGCCACAAAGAAGGAAGACAACAGUUACAGCUAUAACUCGGUGACUGUAGUUCUUCUGGCUGAGGUCACCAAAUUGUUUAUGUCAUCUUUAAUAUAUCUGCAAGAGCAUAAAUGGCGUGUGCAGGACCUGCUGGAGGAUAUCUGUACGCACAGACGUGCGCUGCUCUACUAUACGGUGCCAGCCGGCCUCUACUGCGUGUACAACAUCCUCACCUUCACCAACUUGGCGGCAUUCGAUCCCACCACGUACUUCUUGCUGCUUCAGCUGCGAGUGGUGGUCACAGGCGUCACGUUCCAGGUGCUUUUCAAGAAGAAGUUGACGUCCCGUCAGUGGCUUUCGCUUUUGCUUCUCACCGUGGGGUGCAUCAUCAAACAGCUGAACACGGGCCCGGCGUCGGCGUCGAGCUCGGACUGGCUCCGGGGCAUCUUCAGCUUCAAUAUAAUUCCCAUCCUAGUGCAGGUGUUCUGCUCCUGCUUCGCUGGCGUCUACAACGAGUACCUGCUGAAGCACCAGGCAGUGGAGGUGCACAUCAUGCUGCAGAACAUGUUUCUGUACGUCGACUCGAUCGUGGCGGCGACGCUGGCUCUCUGGCUCCGCGGCCAGCUGGGCACGGCGCUGACCGGCGAGGCCCUCCGCUCCAUCCUGCAUCCGGCUGUGCUCGCCAUCGUGCUGAACAACGCUUGCAUUGGCAUCGUGACAUGCUUCUUUCUUCACUCGCUGAACUCGAUCCUGAAAACGUUUGCCAGCGCGCUGGAGCUGAUGUUUACCGCCGUGCUGUGCUGGCUCAUCUUCGGCAUCCCGGUGUACCUGAACACCGUGGUGGCCAUCGCCGUGGUGUCCGUCGCCAUCUGUGUGUAUUCGCAGCAGCCGGUACGGAACCCGCCGGCGACAGCAGUCCACACUGCACCCAACCCAGAGCAGGCCCAGUCUCUAGUGCAGCAAAUAUGAGGCUGCGUAGCUGUGUUCAGCAGCGCUCACGCGAAGCGGUGGGCUCGUAAUUCUUGGCCAGGUGGCGAAAAGACGAAACAACGUAACCUGAGUGGCGGACUACCCCAUACUGCCGUCGCGUCAUUGGGUUGUGCUGUGCUGUCUGGUGUAGUCAGUGUUUUGCUGUGAACAUGUGAUUUCGCUGUUUGGGAUCGGUGCCACAGUGGGCCUUUCGAGAUUAGAAGGGACUGGCGUGCAAUGGCCAGAGAUUUGUGCCAGGCAAUCCUGCCUGCUCGCGCGCAGCGUUUGCGUGUUCGCCUCGCUUUCAUUGUUCGCCGGACAGUCACGCGACCGUUCAAAUGUCAUUUGUUGGAUGUGCUUGGAUUUUUCAUGACCAGUCUCUCCAUGAAGCCUUUCAGUGCGUCCCGUGGUGCCUUUUUAUCGUAAGUAUUUAUCACAACAUUAAUGAUUUCACCCAGAAGACUCAACACAGCAGUAAUUGAUAUGUUAUGCCUGCGUUUGUACGCACUCCCGCCCCAUUGGUAUUGGUUGCGCGUGUGUGCGUGUGUGUGUGUGUGUGUUUGUGGUUUUGUCUUGAUGCAUCUAGUCGCUGUUUUAUUUUCAUAUUUUCAAUAUGUUCAUAGCAUUGGCAUUCAUGGUUGUUCCGUCCCCAGGGAUCGUAGCUAGUUGUAGUAUCAAGAGUGAUAUCUGAGCUAUUGGCUCGGUCGCGUGAUAGUCGAUAAUUGCUGUGGUGCGUAAUGCUGCGACCCUGUGUGAGGCAGCUUAAACGAACGCGGCGAAUAUAAUAUUGUGCAUGUCAGCUGGAACCAUUAGGUAAUCCAAGCUAACAAGCAAGGUACCAGGUACCAUGGGCAUCAACAGAGUAAUUGCAAGAAGUGAAGGAUCGGCAGGUCUCGAGCACAAACAGUGAACUUGUGAACGGUGUCUUACUACUGGGAAUAUAUCAUUGCUCAUGGUUUUUCAUUUGGUAUGACUCCUUCCAAAUGACAAAAAAGUGACAUUUCACGAUUUAAUGCAGUGAGCGAGUGUGUAUGUAGAUCGCCACAUUGGUGUUUGUGAACAUGUGAUAUGGGUUCGGAU